AUGUUGUCGAGAGCUUUAAACACGAAGUCCAAAAGAACCUCUAGGUAUAAUGAAGGAAGUUGCCGAUCAUCGCUCUCGUUAUGUGAAUACGAUGAGAUCUUCAUUGGUUGCAUGGAAAAUGAGCCACUUGUGCCGUGUGAUAGUGAUGUAACAGAUGAAGAUUGUAGGUAUAAGUGGAGAUUGAAAGAUCUGAUGGGGGCAUCUGUUGGGGUUGUUGGAGAGACAUCGUUAGGUUUGAUAGAGAAAGUUGUGUUUUUGGAUGGUACAUAUAACGUGUUGAAAAGGUUUAGAAUGGUUUGUGUAAGAAGGAGGGAGUUUGGGCGACGUGUAUCUCGAUUGGCAGCAAUCGGACGACGUUGUGAUUAUCUUGUUCAAAUGAAAGCCUAUCUUUAUUCUAAGAGGUUCAAGUUUGUUGUUUGUGACUACUACCCGAUGGGUAGUCUAUACGAUCUACUUACAGGCGCGAGAGAACAUGACCACACCCCACUAACGUGGAAGCAAAGGCUAAAGAUAAUCUUGCACAUAGCAAAAGCCAUACGUUUCAUCCAUUCACAAGCACCCGCACGAGAUAGAAACAUGAUCAUGAAUAUCCAUGGCAACCUUAAAACCUCCAACAUUAUGAUAGAUGUUGAUUUUAAUGCUUAUUUAUCAAAUUAUGGUUUUACCCAACUUGCAAUGGAAGUUCCCGACACUGGUCAACGAAAACCACCAUCACCAAUACUCCGUUGUGAACCUUUGUCACAAAAGAAUGAUAUAUACAACUUUGGAAUAAUUAUGUUGGACAUUUUAGGAGGAUCAAAGGCACUUGAGUCGGUAAAAUGGUGUUUCGAAAGAAAAGAAGAGAUUAAAGCUAAAGAAUGUGAGUGUUUUGAGUUCCCUUUUGAAGGGAAGGAUCAAAGAAAGAUUUUGAAAGUUUGGAGCAUGGCCUUGGCAUGUACAAAUAGGUCAAAUGAUGCUAGGCCUUCAAUAGAGAAUAUACUCUUACAUUUAGGCAAGUAA